UAUUAUCACACUAAACCAACCGAGCCCAAUUACAUUUUCCCAACUCUUAUAAACACCCACCUAACCUAGCCCAACCAUUUAAUCCAUUCGAAAAUUCCACCUCUCCUCAAUCUCCCCGUCGCACUCUUGUCACGUAGCUGCCUCAAAAUUCGCCGAUCUAUUUCCAGAUCUAUGUUUUCAUAGCCUUUUCUCAGUUUAGUUUUGUGUUAGUUCUUGUAAUUCUGGUGUGGAAGCUAUUUACCGAAAUUGAGCUCCACCGAUCAAGACAAACGGUGGUGGAUUGCACUAUGAGGGUAGUUUGAGGGGGUGAUUUGGCACUUUUCCCAAAAAAAAAAACUAAAGGGAGAGAUAGGCUGAAACAAAAGAUUACUUCUCACCUAUCUAUUGCAAGCUCUCGUAAUCUCUUCUUCUGCGCACAGCCAUGGCCAAUCUCCUUUCCCUGACCAUGCCAAUCUCCUCCACUUCGAGUUCUGUAAAACAACUCUGCUCUUCAUUCAAGGGAAGUGUGCGGACUUUGAAAGAAAAUCCAUGUCAGUUUCCAGGUGUAAGACUUAUGAAACAAAAGCCUAAUUCAAGAACAUCAUUCACUGUAUUCAACCAGGCUCCCAUGUCAGCAGAUACCAAUGGAGCUCGGUUCCGGCUCAAUAACUUGGGCCCGCAACCUGGGUCUACAAAGAACCGGAAGAGAAAGGGUAGAGGUCAUUCAGCAGGGCAAGGAGGCAGCUGCGGAUUUGGGAUGAGAGGUCAAAAAUCGAGGUCUGGGCCUGGAGUGCGAAAGGGAUUUGAAGGCGGUCAAAUGCCACUCUAUAGGAGACUUCCCAAGCUCAAAGGCAUUGCAGGAGGCAUGCGUGCCGGACUACCAAAAUAUGUUCCCGUGAACUUGAAAGACAUAGAAGCUGCUGGAUUUCAUGAAGGAGAAGAGGUGUCACUGGAAUCAUUGAAAGAGAAGGGCAUUAUAAACCCAUCAGGAAGAGAAAGGAGAUUACCCCUAAAGAUAUUGGGCGAUGGUGAGCUGGGUGUGAAGCUAAUGUUUAAAGCUAGAGCAUUUUCAGAAUCUGCAAAGCAGAAGCUGGAGGCCGCCGGUUGUUCAUUGACGGUUUUACCAGGGCGAAAGAAGUGGGUAAAGCCAUCGGUUGCUAAGAACCUUGCAAGAGCAGAAGAAUAUUUUGCGAAGAAAAGAGCAGGUGCUCAGUCUGUGGAGGACUCCUCUGCUGCCUGAUGUAACAUGCCUGACCCAAUGUAGUUCCUUCUCUUCAUUUUGUAAAUCAAUACUUGAAAAAAAGGAUGUUGAUGCUAUAAUAUCACGAUUUACUAUCUUGUAAUUAAUCAAAUACCUUCUUUGAUUUAUGUUUCCACUAUGAAUGCAUAAUGUUUUUAUUCUAUAUAUGCUAUAGUGUUGGGGAUCAACACUAUCCUAUGGCGUCAUUCUAAAUUUUACUUAA